AGACAAACUCAACACAUGGAAACAGAAGCUGAUGGAGAGGACUGUAGAGGACCAGAACCAGCCAGGAACUCACAUCCACAAACACUUUUACAACCUGAGACUGGAGACUCUUCUGAUCCUGAGACUGAUGACAGUGCUGAUUGGAAGGAGACCAGAGAACCUCAGUCAGCUUUAAACUCUCUGAACCAUGAUUCAGGAUGUAAGGAAACAUUCAGCUGUUCUGAGUGUGGGAAAAGAUUUGGCACCAGAGGACAUCUGUAUGAUCACAUGAGAAUGCACCCAGGAGAGAAAAAAUACAGCUGCAGUGUUUGUAACAAGAGAUUUAUCUGGCGACAACAGGUCAGAAAACAUAAAUGCGUCAACCAUCAGUCCUCGCAGCUUCAUCAGAGUCAAACAGAGGAGAACAGAGAGGCAGCCAGCAGAGAGACUCAACACAUGAAAACAGAAGCUGAUGGAGAGGACGGUGGAGAACCAGAACCAGCCAGGAACUCACAUCCACGUUUACAACAACGUUUACAAGACGAGACUGGAGACUCUUCUGAUCCUGAGACUGAUGACAGUGCGGAUUGUAAGGAGACCAGAGAACCUCAGUCAGCUUUAAACUCUCUGAAACAUGAUUCAAGACGUAAGAAACCAUUUAGCUGCUUUGAGUGUGGGAAAAGAUUUGGCUGCGAGGGAAGUCUGACUAGACAUAUGAGAAUCCACACAGGAGAGAAACCUUUCAGCUGCUCUCAGUGUGGGAAAAGAUUUGGCACCAGAGGACAUCUGUAUUAUCACAUGAGAAUGCACCCAGGAGAGAAAAAAUACAGCUGCAGUGUUUGUAACAAGAGAUUUAUCUGGCGACAACAGGUCAGAAAACAUAAAUGCGUCAACCAUCAGUCCUCGCAGCUUCAUCAGAGUCAAACAGAGGAGAACAGAGAGGCAGAGCCCUCAACCAGUAGAGCCACUCAACACAUGGACCAGACUGGAGACUCUUCUGAACCUGAGACAGACGAGUGUGGGAGAAGAUUUGGCUUCAAGUCCGAUCUGAAGAAACAGAGAGCUUACACAAGAGAGAAACCUUUUAGCUGCUUAGUUUGUAAGAAAUAUUUUACACAGCGUGAUCAUUUACGGUCACACAUGAGUACUCACAGAGAAGAGCAGCCUUUUAGCUGCUCAGUUUGUAAUAAAUCUUUUACACAGAGAGGAAGUUUACAGAAACACAUUACAAUCCACACAGAAGGAAAAUGUUUUAGCUCUCAGUUUGUAAGAUAUAUUUUAAAAAGAGAUGACAGUAACAGUCACACAUGA